AUGACUUCAUUGGGCUUUGAAUCAGGUAUUAGGAACUUAGUGGAUCCUGUAGAUGCUUUUGUAGUGACAAUAAGUGUGGAGGAAAUUACUGGGUUUCACUUGGGAGCUCUUUUGUGGGGAGUUCCAAAAGACUCUGUUAGCAGAGGAUAUGGGGAGGUGAUAUAUUUAGAGAACAUCCAAAUGAAAGUAGAUAAAUUUUUAAUCUGUUUAUCAAGUUUCUGUUUCACGGCAGGAGUUAUCUAUACUGCAGAUGUCCUUGACCGAGAGACAACCAAAUCCUAUUGGCUAACAGUGUAUGCGACUGAUCGUGGUGUCGUCCCACUUUAUGCUACCAUCGAGGUCUAUCUUGAAGUUGAAGAUGUGAAUGACAAUGCCCCUCUGACCUCUGAACCCAUUUAUUAUCCAGCUGUCAUGGAAAACUCCCCUAAGGAUGUAUCCGUCAUUCACAUCCAGGCCCAAGAUCCCGACACCAGCACCAGUGAAAAACUGACCUACAGGAUUACAAGUGGGAACCCUCAGAACUUCUUUGCUAUCUAUCCAAAAACAGGUCUGAUUACGACAACAUCAAGAAAAUUGGAUCGAGAACAGCAGGCAGAGCAUUUUCUUGAGGUGACGGUCACAGAUGGAGGCAUCUCUCCCAAGCAAUCUACUGUUUGGGUGGUGGUUCAAGUUCUGGAUGAAAAUGAUAACAAGCCUCAGUUUCCAGAGAAAGUCUAUCAGAUCAAGUUGCCUGAGAGGGACCGCAAGAAAAGAGGGGAGCCAAUCUACAGAGCUUUUGCAUUUGACAAAGAUGAAGGACCGAAUGCAGAAAUUUCCUACAGCAUCGUGGAUGGAAAUGAUGAUGGGAAAUUUUUUAUUGACCCUAAAACCGGGAUGGUUUCUUCCAGAAAGCAAUUCUCAGCAGGGAAUUAUGACAUCUUAACAAUAAAAGCAGUGGACAACGGACGACCCCAGAAGUCUUCAACUGCGCGCCUCCAUAUUGAGUGGAUUAAGAAACCCGUACCCUCACCUGUAUCACUGACUUUCAGUGAGCCCUUCUACAACUUCACCGUCAUGGAAAGCGAUAGAGUGACAGAAAUUGUGGGAGUGGUCUCUGUGCAACCCGCUAACAUACCUUUGUGGUUUGAUGUAGUCGGUGGCAAGCAUGCUCGAGAGAUGUUCUAUAUUCUACAGACAGCUUGUGGGCAGAACUGUUCAACAGAAGGAGGGAAUUUCGAUAGUUCUUUCGACACUGAGAAGGGCGUGGGCACUAUUGUCAUUGCAAAGCCCUUGGAUGCAGAGCAGAGGUCAAUAUAUAACAUGACUGUGGAGGUCACCGAUGGAACAAAUGUUGCAACCACUCAG